ACCGUAUCUCGGGAGAAAGAGAGACAGAGGAGGAGGAGGAGGAGAGAGAGGAAGGAAGAAAGAGAGAGAGAAAGAAAGAAAAAGAGAAAGAAGAAAGAGAAAGAAAGAGAGAGAGAGAGAGAGAGAGAAAGAAAAAGAAAGAAGAAUAAGAGAGAAAGAGAAGAAAGAGAGGAAGGGAGAAAGAAGGGGAAAAAAGGAAAGAAAGGAAAGGGACAAAAAAGUGUUUAUCCCGUGUUCAGUCUACGCUGCACAUUGUUCAAAGCGGUGAACUUAGAAGGAUCAGGAGCACGUCUUUUGUUUGCUCACAAUAGAGGAACCCCAGAGCUGACCUGUGAAAUAAGACGUAAGGGUGGCCGUGCACGCAUCUGGGGAAGCAGUGGCCCAACCAGACGGAAUAGAACCUUAGUAGGUUCUGAGCCUCGGUCUGGAAGGUAGACAGAGCCAGGCCUCCAGCGUAAGCGAGGCGGGCAGGACCGGAGCCGCCACCGAACUAGGAGCGUGAUUUGGUGAAGUUAAGAUUUCUUGAUGGUGUAGGAAACAGCAAGCAGGCUGAAAUGGCUAAAAAUCUGCACGGAGACCAGAGAGUCGGCUCUGAAGUCAGGCACCCUCCGAGCCGCCGGCCUCAAACCGACCUAACGACGAAAAAGGGCAGGGGAAAGAGGGCGCACUACCUGUUGGAAGCUUGGGCCUCGGCGCCCGCCGUAGAGGCGGUGACGAAGCCGGCACGUUGCCUUGGAACCCGCAAGACGCCGCAGGGCCGCCACAGCGUGCAGCGUCGGCGGGGUACCUCGGCCGCCAUGUCUGUGCUGGACGUGUUGUGGGAGGACCGCGACGUGCGCUUCGACGUGUCGUCGCAACAGAUGAAAACAAGACCGGGAGAAGUACUUAUUGAUUGUUUAGAUUCAAUUGAAGACACAAAGGGAAAUAAUGGGGAUAGAGGUAGACUCUUAGUCACAAACUUAAGAAUCAUCUGGCAUUCCUUGGCAUUACCCAGAGUCAAUCUUUCUAUUGGUUACAACUGCAUUUUGAACAUUACAACAAGAACUGCAAACUCCAAACUACGAGGCCAAACGGAAGCUCUUUAUAUAUUGACAAAAUGCAACACAACCCGAUUUGAGUUUAUAUUCACAAAUCUGGUUCCUGGGAGCCCCAGACUUUUUACUUCUGUGAUUUCGGUACACAGAGCAUAUGAAACUUCUAAAAUGUACCGUGAUUUUAAGUUGAGAAGUGCAGUCAUUCAGAACAAACAGCUGAGGUUAUUACCACAGGAACAUGUCUAUGAUAAGAUCAACGGUGUAUGGAAUUUAUCCAGUGACCAGGGAAAUUUAGGAACUUUUUUUAUUACCAAUGUGAGAAUUGUGUGGCAUGCAAAUAUGAAUGACAGUUUUAAUGUCAGCAUACCAUAUCUGCAAAUUCGUUCAAUAAAGAUUAGAGAUUCAAAAUUUGGUUUGGCUCUUGUCAUAGAAAGCUCCCAGCAGAGUGGAGGAUACGUUCUUGGCUUUAAAAUAGACCCCGUGGAAAAACUACAGGAAUCAGUUAAGGAGAUCAACUCACUUCACAAAGUGUAUUCUGCCAAUCCAAUAUUUGGAGUGAACUAUGAAAUGGAAGAAAAGCCACAGCCCCUUGAAGCUCUGACUGUUGAACAAAUUCAAGAUGAUGUGGAAAUAGAUUCUGAUGAUCACACAGAUGCUUUUGUGGCUUAUUUUGCUGAUGGAAAUAAGGUUCCUCACAGGAUGGAUUCCCAGCGGGAGCUUGCGGAGGAACUCCGGCUUUACCAGUCCACCCUUCUUCAGGAUGGUCUAAAAGAUCUCCUGGAAGAGAAAAAAUUCAUCGACUGCACCCUGAAAGCGGGUGACAGGAACCUUCCUUGCCACAGACUGAUCCUGUCCGCUUGCAGCCCUUACUUCCGUGAGUACUUUUUAUCGGAAAUUGAGGAGGAGAAGAAAAAGGAGGUAGCGCUUGAGAACGUGGACCCCGCCAUCCUCGACUUGAUCAUCAAAUACCUGUACUCGGCCAGUAUCGACCUCAACGACGGAAACGUGCAGGACAUCUUCGCGCUGUCCAGCCGCUUCCAGAUCCCGUCCGUGUUCACCGUCUGCGUGUCCUACCUGCAGAAGAGACUGGCUCCCGGCAACUGUCUGGCCAUCCUGCGGCUGGGGCUUCUCCUCGACUGCCCGAGGCUUGCCAUCUCCGCCCGGGAGUUCGUGUCGGACCGCUUCCUGCAGAUCUCCAAGGAGGAAGACUUCCUGCAGCUGUCCCCGCAGGAGCUCAUCUCCGUCAUUUCCAACGACAGCCUCAACGUGGAGAAGGAGGAGGUGGUGUUCGAGGCAGUGAUGAAGUGGGUGCGGACGGACAAAGAGAACAGGGCGAAGAGCCUCAGCGAGGUGUUCGAUUGCGUUCGUUUUCGCCUCAUGGCCGAAAAGUACUUCAAAGACCAUGUUGAAAAGGACGACAUAAUUAAGAGCAACCCGGAGAUCCAGAAAAAAAUCAAGGUUCUGAAGGAUGCCUUCGCAGGCAAACUCCCAGAACCUAGCAAAAAUGCCGAGAAGGCGGGGGCGGGCGAGAUGAACGGUGACGUUGGCGACGAAGACCUACUUCCCGGUUACUUGAACGAUAUUCCCAGGCACGGGAUGUUCGUUAAAGACCUCAUCCUCCUGGUCAACGACACAGCCGCCGUGGCCUAUGACCCCACGGAAAAUGAGUGUUACCUCACCGCCCUAGCGGAGCAGAUUCCCAGAAAUCAUUCCAGUAUCGUUACCCAGCAGAACCAGAUCUACGUGGUCGGGGGGCUGUACGUGGACGAGGAAAACAAGGAUCAGCCCCUGCAGUCAUACUUCUUCCAGCUUGACAGCAUAACGUCUGAGUGGGUGGGACUCCCACCGCUGCCGUCAGCCAGGUGUCUGUUUGGUCUGGGAGAAGUAGAUGGCAAAAUCUAUGUGGUGGCCGGCAAAGACCUUCAGACAGAGGCUUCUCUGGAUUCCGUAUUGUGCUAUGACCCUGUGGCUGCGAAAUGGAGUGAAGUGAAAAAUCUCCCUAUUAAAGUUUAUGGCCAUAAUGUGAUUUCACAUAAUGGGAUGAUCUACUGUCUAGGCGGAAAGACAGACGACAAAAAGUGUACAAACAGGGUAUUUAUCUACAACCCCAAGAAAGGAGACUGGAAAGAUCUGGCUCCAAUGAAAACCCCUCGUUCCAUGUUUGGAGUGGCAAUCCAUAAAGGCAAAAUUGUGAUCGCGGGAGGUGUCACGGAAGAUGGCCUUUCAGCUUCAGUCGAAGCUUUUGACCUCAAAACCAAUAAAUGGGAAGUGAUGACCGAAUUUCCCCAAGAAAGAAGCUCUGUCAGCCUGGUCAGCCUGGCGGGGUCCCUGUAUGCCAUUGGCGGUUUUGCGAUGAUUCAGCUGGAGUCGAAAGAGUUUGCACCCACUGAAGUCAAUGACAUAUGGAAGUAUGAAGAUGAUAAAAAAGAGUGGGCUGGGAUGCUGAAGGAGAUACGUUAUGCUUCAGGGGCUAGUUGCCUAGGAACACGCUUAAAUCUGUUCAAAUUGUCUAAACUAUAAACAAGGUGACAAAAACAAUAGUUUGAGAGGUGGCUUGUUGGGACAGGAGGGCUUUAAUUUAUUGCCUUUCUCUAAGCCUGUACGAUGAUUCAUGCAGGUUUACAGCUAUUCAUGUAGAGUUUCUAUGACGUAAAACAGUGCAGCUGAAAUCUCAAGAGGUUUUCCAGUGUGCCAGGUAGACAGCCAUUUGCUAAGAAGUUUAGUAUUCAGUUGAACAAUGUAUGUUUAUUAAACUUUUCUCCAAGAGGUGAGCUUUCUAAAUCUGAGCUGUUUACUAAUCCUUUGUAUUCUUAAAAUACAUUUACACUUGUUUUCUAUUGUAAAUGAAAUGCAUAUGUCUACAUUCUAAAGAGAUGUCUUUCCCUGUCUUGAGCUAUGACAGGAAUCUUGUGCCUUAUAAUGAAGAUGACUGGAAAUGCUGUUUAAAAGUACAAUAAAUGAGUCUCCAGUCCUUUUCUCAA